CAGCGAUCAUGGAAACAGAAAUGCUCUCAAUCACAGCACCGGCUUAUACCAGCCCAAGUGGCUAUGAACUUUCGACAAUUCCAAGGCCAACUAUCACAGAGGAUAAUGAUGUACUCAUAAAGGUCUAUGCGGCGAGUAUCAAUCCAGUCGAUGUGAAGAAGGCUGCUGGAGUCUUCAAGAUGGCGGUAAAAGAAGAAUUCCCGUAUAAAAUUGGUUAUGAUGCAUCAGGCGUGGUCGUGGAAGUUGGAAAAGGGGUGAAGGGGCUGAAAGUUGGUGAUGAAGUCUAUACAAGAUUACCAGAAGUCGGGAGAGGUGCUUGGAGCGAAUUCGCAAAGUGCCCAGAUCGCUACGUCUCUUUGAAACCGAACGUUCUUUCCUUUGCCGAUGCUGCAUCGCUGCCACUAGCUGGAGUCACGGCCUUGCAGGUUCUCGGGCAAUACAGAGGUUCGCUAGAAGGCAAGACGGUGUUGAUCCCCGGUGGCCUGAGCGGUACAGGAGCCAUCGCAUGCCAGUUGGCCAAGAAUGUCUUUCAUGCCGGCAAAGUCAUCACCACAGUCUCAACAUCCAAAAUCCCCAAAGUCCCAGAGCUUCUGGGCGAGGGUACAGUGGAUCAGAUCAUCGAUUACACUAAACAAAAAAUCUCAGAAGCCAUUCCUCCAAAGUCCGUUGACUUUUGUUUCGACACAACCGGUCAAUCUAUGGAGUUCCUCUCACGGAUGGUCCCCUCAACCAGCAUGAUUGUCUCAAUCUCAACAACUCCAUCUGCGUCGACCCUCCAGACUUCUAGCGUAAUGCGGCGACCAGAUAAUCCUCGGAUCCCAUUCGCCGGACGAGUAUUUCUUGAUGCAGCGGAUGCAGUUCGCAGACUUCGGGCGUGGCGCUGGGGCGUCACAUAUAUGUAUCACUUCUUGGAUCCCAAUCGAGAGGACUUGGAUACGCUUACUGGUUAUGUGGAGAAUGGAAAGGUGAAGCCUGUUGUUGGGGCAAGGGUCGACAUGAGAGAUAUCAAGGCGGUCCGCGAAGCUUGCGAUCAGACUUACAAGGGGAAAGGCGGGUUGGGAAAGACUGUCUUUGAAGUGAUCCAGGAUUAA